CUGUUUAUAAAAUGAGAUAAGAGGAUAGACUACAGUCUGUGUUCAAACUCAGUCUGUCUCUGUCCAACAUGGCAACCAGGUGGGGAAUCUGCAGCACAGGGUUCAUCAGCCAUGACUUCACUGUGGCUCUGAAAACUCUUCCACCUGGAGAACAUCAGGUUGUGGCUGUGGCAGCUCGCAGUUUGAAGGAUGCACAGGAGUUUGCCAAAAAGCACAGCAUCUCCCGAGCAUAUGGCAGCUAUGAGGAGCUGGCCAAAGACCCAGACAUAGAUGUGGUGUACGUUGGAGUUAUCCACCCCUACCAUCACAGCACUUGUCUGCUCUUUACAAAUGCCAAGAAGAACGUUCUGUGUGAGAAACCGCUGGCCAUGAACCGUAGAGAGGUUCAGGAGAUUUUGGACUCUGCAAAGAAGAAUGAUGUGUUCCUCAUGGAGGCUGUCUGGACUCGCUUUUUCCCAGCCUCUGUGGAGAUCAGACGGCUCCUGGCCCAGAAGGAGUUGGGCGACGUGAAGUUGGUCGUAAUUGAGUUUGGUGUGCCAUUGAUGCACCUUGUGAGAUCAAUGAAGAAGGAGCUGGGUGCAGGAACAAUAAUAGAUAUUGGUGUCUACUGCAUGCAGUUCAUUAGCAUGGUGUACAACGGAGAGAAGCCAGAGAGCAUCAAAGCCACUGGUGUAUGCCAGGCAGAAGGAAUUGAUGAGACUGUGGGUGUCGUUCUGAAGUACUCCAACAACAGAUUGGCAGUGUUUACUUGUUCCUCGGUUUUGGAGCUGCGCAAUAAUGCCAUCAUUGUGGGGACAAAGGGCACAAUCCGGGUCCCUGAAACCGUGUGGAGCCCCACAUCACUAGACGUGAAUGGGAAGGUGACUCAGUACCCACUGCCAGAACCCUAUUUACCUCUCAGCUACAUGAACGGUACAGGGAUGCGUUAUGAAGCAGAGGAGGUUCGACAGUGUUUGCUCAAAGGUCUGAAGGAGAGUUCAGUUAUGCCCCAUUCUGACUCUAUGCUGCUGGUUGAGUUGGAGGAUGAGAUCCGCAGGCAGGUGGGGGUGGUGUACAGCCAGGACUCCAAGUAAAUGUUCAGCAUGUACCCAGGCUGUGGUAGAGGAGAAUCAUUUAAUAAUGGAGAAUAAAUUGCACUUCCUCUUCCACAGCCAUCUUUUUCUUACCUAAAUGCAGCAAACAUUUAAUGUGCCAAAGCACUGUGAUUUUGUAUUUCAUGAAAUUGAUACUUUAGCAAUACACUGAAAGACUAAAACCUUUGAUCCAGCAUGAAAUAAAUUUUCAUUAAAUUUACAA